AUGGCCUGCAAAGCUGCCCACUUCAUAAAAUGGGGCUCGUGUAGCUCCGAGAGCUCCUUGCUCGCGGAUUUGCAAGGUGCCGCUUCUUCCCCUCUCUGCACCGCUGGGGCUGGAAAUUGCCCCCACGUGCCAUCCACAGGCUCCAAAUGUGCCAGCACCUCCGAUUUCUUCUCUGUUGUAUUGUCCUUUACUCUGAAUUUUCUUCAAAAGGCGUGGGGAGCCUCGGGAUGCCGUCCAAAUCCUCCUCUGCAGCAGGCAGCUGACUUCAUGGGGGUCAUUUCUGGGGGCAGUGCACUGAACUACCACCCCUCUGUGACUCAGAAAAUGGACGAGCGAUUUCCCCUGCGCUGCCUCCCCCAGCAGCCCCGACCGACAGCCUCUCCGCGCGUCGCCUCUCCAAACCUCUGUGAUGCAUUCGCCCUCGGCAGCGAGUGCACACAAACAGCAACCGCUGCCUGCUCGGGGAACAGCAGAGACGUGCUGAUGCCAGAGCAAGCACAGAAGGAAAAAAAUUAUGACCUGCAAUUGCCGGGCAAUUCUCCCCGCUACCUGGAGGUUUUCACAAGCUCGGUACAUGCACCUGGCAGCGAGGACACACUAACAAGCCGAAGAAAUAACACACACCAAAUCGCUGCCCAUGGAUUUCCAGGGUUCCUGUUGGCUGGCACAGGCCCAUGCCCCGCUUCCCAGCGAUUCAGCAAGAAGAGCAGAGGGCUGGAAAGCACUGCUUUAAUUAUCGCCGUCAGUCUCUGA